CUUAAAUAGCUAAAUGCAGGAGCACAAACGAAACUCAUAUUCUUCAGUUGAGAUAUACUCGUACUAGUAAGAACAUAAAGAACACAAGAGAAGAAGGGCAGCAAAUGUGAAUGAUUGUAGCAUAAUUUGAUUAUGGGGAAUUCAGAGCUACUCAAGACUUAUAUGUUUUCUAUUGUGGUUAUAUUUGCGAUUUUCUCCACACCAACUUGUUUCGGGUUUACUGAUCCUACUGAUGUGUUGGCAAUAAAUAGUCUAUAUGCUGCACUUGGCUUCCCUCCUCUUAUGGGAUGGGUAUUCGUUGGAGGAGACCCAUGUCUAGAAGGUUGGCAAGGCAUCCAAUGUGUAAAUUACAACAUAACUGGAAUAGUCCUUAAUGAUGCGAACUUAGGAGGUGAACUUGCUCAGAAUUUGGGAGCUUUCGCUUCAGUCAUACAAAUAGAUUUGAGCAAUAACCACAUUGGAGGCACUAUCCCAUCAGAUUUGCCGCUUACAUUAAAGACCUUCUUUCUCUCUGGGAAUCAACUUAAGGGAAGCAUACCAGAGUCUCUGUCUAUGUUAAGUCAAUUGACAGACUUGUCUUUCAACAACAACCAUUUGAGCGGGGUCAUUCCGGAUUCCUUUCAACAACUUACGGCCUUGACUACUUUAGAUUUGUCUGCUAACAAUCUAAGUGGCCCGUUGCCUCCUUCGAUGGUGAACUUGUCAUCAAUUUCCACAUUGCACUUACAGGACAAUCAUCUUACUGGUGUACUUGAAUUCUUGCGUGAUCUUCCCUUAAUUGAUUUGGAUAUCGAGAAUAAUCUUUUCUCUGGGCCAAUACCCCCGAGACUGUUGAGCAUUCCCAAUUUUAGAAGCAAUGGAAAUCCUUUCAAUACAACCAUUAUUCCUUCACCACCGGUCUUAUCUCCUUCAUCAUCAACAACAGAUGAGACACAACCUCCUGAUGUAAACCCGAGAAUUCAAGCAUCUGGUCCAUCUUCUUCAGAGCUACCACACUCUUCUGGUCAACAAAAGUCUCAAGUGGCUAAAAAACUCUUGUGGGUUGCCGUUGGUGGAUUAUUGAUUCUUGUUUUACUUACACUGGCACUUUGCUUCCGUCUGUCAAGAUGGCGUAAAGAAAAGUCAACCAUAAAAAUUGGAGAUCAAAUGAAGAACUCUAUGCCAGAUGUGCCUUCUACAAAUACAUCUCAUCAUAAAGACAAUAAAGCUCCAAGGUCAGAAGUCAAAGAGGAAAAGAUAGAAACAAUUUCUAAGAAUCCCGCACCGCCUUUUCCUCCCCAACUUCUUGCCCGAGAAAGGAUCGUUGUAAAACCAGUGCCAAUUUCAACAUCAGGUGGGAAUACUUCUAAAAAUGUAGAUCUUCCGCAAUCUUUCUCUAUUGCAUCUCUUCAACAAUAUACAAAUAGCUUUUCUCAAGAAAAUCUUAUCGGUAGAGGCAUAAUUGGCACAGUUUAUAGAGCCCAGCUUCCUAAUGGACAGCUACUAGCGGUAAAGAAACUGGAGAAUGCAACUUCAAGGCUAUGGAAUGAUGAAGAUUUCAUGGGGCUGGUGUCAAAUGUAUCAAAGCUUCAAAAUGAAAAUAUAGUUCCACUUGAGGGUUACUGUUGUGAUCAUGGACAAAAACUUUUUGUCUAUAAACACUGUAAAAAUGGGACAUUGCAUGAGGCAUUGCAUUUAGAUGAAGAGAUCCAUGAGAAACUUUCAUGGAAUGCUCGUGUACAUGUGGCGCUUCAUGCUGCAAAAGCAUUGGAGUACUUGCAUGAGGUUUGUCAACCACUUGUUGUACACCGAAACUUCAAGUCUGCAAAUAUUCUUCUUGAUGAAGAGCUUAAUGUACUUGUUUCGGAUUGCGGUUUGGCACCACUAAUACCAUCUAGCUACAUUAGUCUGUUGCAAAUUUCUGGAUAUGGUGCCCCUGAACUGGAGUCAGGAAGUUAUACUUACCGAAGUGAUGUUUAUAGCUUUGGAGUCGUUAUGUUAGAACUUCUCACAGGUCGAAAAGCACUUGACAGGUCAAGGCCUCGUGGAGAGCAAUUUUUGGUAAGAUGGGCAGUUCCUCAGCUUCAUGAUAUAGAAGCAUUAUUGAGGAUGGUUGAUCCCUCUCUUGAUGCUGCAUAUUCGUCCAAGUCUUUGUCUCGCUUUGCUGAUAUUAUUUCUCUUUGCGUUCAGGCCGAACCAGAAUUCAGACCACCAAUGUCAGAAAUUGUCGAGAACCUCUUGCAUAUGACCAAGAUAAACCUUUAACCAUAUAGUCAUCAUUGUUUUUAGCAAUGUCAAGGUAGCAGAGACCAAAUUCUUUGAUUCUAAUUUCUUCAUCAGAUUGCAAGUUUCUGGAUUCUGGUCCAAUGUUAGGAUUUUAGUAACGGUCAUAUUUGUGUGUUUUGUGCACGUAUAACUGUUUGUGUAUGUUGUAGUUGUAUAAUAUUGCAUGUAGCAUGUUAUAUAUGUUUUGUGGUCA